ACAGAAAACGAAAGCGAUAGCAGAGCGGUAAGCAGCACAAGCACAGGUAUGAUAGAAUGCGUAGGUGUGAAUAGCAGCCGCGAGAAUGCAGUCGUCGAUAUAGAAGGCAGAGCAUCAGCGGGAGCAACAACAUUUUCAAGGAAUGCAAACGAAUGCUUAGAUGUAAGAGAGACGCUACAGUUGGAGUGGUCGUCUAAUGAAGCGGUGGAAGUUGUUGCUGGUAUACGUAAGAGAACUGGAAGGUCAGGUAAAGUUCACUGUUAUUGAAGCACUGGAGUCGGAAAGUGGGACUCAGUGGCGAUACGCAAUGCAAACGAAACAUGUGGCUCUCAUGGAGAACGGUACCUGGGAAUUGGUAGAAUUACCACAGGGGAAAAACGUUAUUGGAAGCAGAUGGGUUUUUACAACCAAAUAUAAUGCAGAUGGUAAGAUAAAGAAGAAUAAAGGGCAUUUGGUUGCGCAAGAUAGUGGUCGGCGAAGAUUUGAAGAUUUUAUUCUCUCACAAAUUGGUUUCAUUCGUAAAACGGAUAGUUGUUUGUACACUAUGUUUAGAGGCGGAGAAAUAAACAUCAUUACGACAUAUGUUGAUGACAUUCUUAUGACGUGCCCGCUCGAGUCAACUAUGCGCGACAGCGUUAAAAAACUCUGCGCGCAGGUGGAAGCAGGUGAUCGAGGUCAAAUAAAGUUAUAUCUGCGGAUGGAAAUCGAGCGAGACGGUAUACGUGGUAAUGUGAGAAAAAGUAAAGCGGGUACCACGCCAUCAGCAGGAGAUUUGAAUAAGUUCGUUGGAAGCAGAAAAUAUCGCUAUAUACCAAGGGGCGAAGGAAAUUUCAUUCCAUCGAUGUUUAUUGAAUUUGAAUGGCGAUAGUCAUAUCAUUUGAGAACGAAGUAAAUUGUCAAAGCUAAGUUUCUCUUAAACUGAUAUUGUAACUAUUGUAAAUUUAUUGUAUACAUUAUGUAAUUUAUUAUGCGAAUGUAUAUAUUUUUGAAUUUGUUAUAUGAAUUCGCAUUUGGGUUGAGGCGGAGAUUGUAAGGUAACACUAAAUCUAAGUUUAGCAUCAGCAACCCAAUUGCGCAUAAUAACUGUAACUCUUAAGUACUAUUGUAUUGUAAGUUUCCAUAUUUUACUUCUCUUGAUUAAAUGCUCUACAUCAGAACGGUCGUGUUUUAUUCAUUGCGCUU